CCGCAUUGGGUGGGGAAAACUCUCAGCCCCACCACGAUUUUUCCAUCUGAAGCUUCUUUUGGAGGGGCAAAGAUCGAUAACUCAUUCUUAUCCAUGUCAUUUUGACUGGCACACAAAUUCAGCCUUUGACAACCACUUCAACAAUCCUUCGUCACACAAAUCGAAACCUUCAAUAAAUUCUAGUCUUCUCGAAAGACCAGAACCUUCAUCAUGGCCACCGCCACCAUGACCGUGACGGCCGCGCCGAUCAAGAAGAAGCCCGACAUGGCUCCCGAGAGCGAGCGCUUUCUACGAUGCUGCGCCGACGUCGCGAAUGCCCUCAUUGAAGACCACGAGGCCAGCAAGGCUGGUCGAACCACACGCGAUAUCAACCUCAACUCCUUGCGAAACAAGCUCGCCAAGAAGCACAAGCUCAUGAACAUCCCGCCUUUGACCGCUAUCAUCGCCUCCAUUCCCGAACAUUACAAGAAAUACAUCCUACCAAAGCUCAUCGCGAAGCCCAUUCGAACAUCUUCUGGUAUUGCUGUUGUCGCUGUCAUGUGCAAGCCCCAUCGAUGCCCUCAUAUCGCCUAUACCGGUAACAUCUGCGUCUAUUGCCCUGGAGGUCCUGAUUCCGACUUCGAGUACAGCACACAGUCUUAUACUGGCUACGAACCUACAUCGAUGCGAGCCAUUCGUGCACGAUACGACCCUUUCGAGCAGGCCCGAGGACGUGUCGACCAGCUCAAGUCUCUUGGUCACUCUGUCGACAAGGUUGAGUAUAUCAUCAUGGGGGGAACCUUCAUGUCUCUUUCUGAGUCAUACCGCGAGGAGUUUAUUGCACAGCUUCACAAUGCUCUCAGUGGAUACCAAACGACUAAUGUCGAUGAGGCCGUGGAGGCUGGUGAGAUGAGCAACAUCAAGUGUGUCGGAAUCACAAUCGAGACACGACCCGAUUAUUGUCUACAGCCUCAUCUUUCCGAUAUGUUGCGAUAUGGCUGCACACGACUUGAGGUUGGAGUACAGUCGCUGUACGAGGAUGUCGCGCGAGACUCCAACCGAGGACACACAGUUGCCGCAGUCGCCGAGACUUUCUGCCUUGCAAAGGAUGCUGGAUACAAGGUGGUCAGUCACAUGAUGCCUGAUUUGCCAAACGUUGGCAUGGAGCGCGAUAUCGAUCAGUUCAGGGAGUACUUUGAGAAUCCUGCUUUCCGAACCGAUGGUCUCAAGAUUUAUCCCACUCUGGUCAUUCGGGGUACAGGUCUGUACGAGCUUUGGAGGACAGGGCGAUACCAGAACUACACUCCCAACGGCUUGAUCGACCUUAUCGCGAGAAUUAUGGCUCUUAUUCCUCCCUGGACUCGUAUCUACCGUGUUCAGCGCGAUAUUCCCAUGCCUUUGGUUACAUCUGGAGUUGAGAAUGGUAACCUGCGUGAACUAGCAUUGGCUCGAAUGAAGGACUUUGGAACAACCUGCCGAGAUGUGCGGACACGAGAGGUUGGAGUGAACGAGAUCAAAAACAAGAUCCGACCUAACCAAAUUGAGCUGGUCCGACGAGAUUACGUCGCCAACGGCGGCUGGGAGACUUUCCUUGCCUACGAGGAUCCUAAGCAGGAUAUCCUUGUUGCCCUGCUUCGAUUGCGAAAGUGUACCGAGAAGUACACCUACCGAGAGGAGCUUACCGGUCAGCCUACCAGUAUGGUGCGAGAGCUUCACGUUUACGGCACAGCCGUUCCUGUUCACGCUCGCGAUCCCCGCAAGUUCCAGCACCAGGGUUUCGGUACACUUUUGAUGGAGGAGGCUGAGAGGAUUGCGAUUGAGGAGCACGGUAGCGACAAGAUCAGUGUUAUUUCUGGUGUUGGAGUGAGGAGCUACUACAAGAAGCUUGGCUUCUGGUUGGAUGGACCUUACAUGAGCAAGUGGCUGGAUGGUCGUGAGCAGCCUGAGUAAAGGCGAGCUCUAGGGUAAUGAAUAGCAUGAAGGAUGAGACUGGAAAUACCUCACGGCAGGGGAUAUUGCAUUUAUAUACGGCGUCUUUGGGUGGGAAAUGAAAAGCUACGACAUUUUGAUCAUUUUGUGUUAUUUUCUGCCUAUUGAUUGCUCUACAGAGGUGAGUGAAGGGAAAUAGACUUAACCUGUGAAUGUUCCUCGGGUUCACACUCCUACUUAACUUCAAUAUGAUCUACCCCCAAUUGAAGCAUCUAGCUUCAUUGCAGCUCCUCUCUCCUUCAUCUCACCCAAUUGUGAUCAGCCUGUAAUA